AGCACCGGCAAAGAUGGCAUCGUUUUCUUCCUACUCCGAAGAUCUAACCUGUUCUGUCUGCCUGAGUAUCUUCAGUGAUCCGGUAAUCCUCGUCUGUGGACACUCUUUCUGCAGAGAAUGUAUCACUGUGUCUCUGAGCUCCGGGCAGCAAUGUCCACAGUGCAGGACAACUUUUUAUGUGACUCAUUUCACAACCAAUCACAUUCUGAAAAGUCUCGCUGAGAAAGCCAAACAACCUGAGAAGCUAAAGAGGGACGGUGGAACUGACAAAGAGGUUCCUGCGUGGUUUUGUCCUGAGCAUGAAGAAAAGCUGAAGUUGUUCUGCGUCACAGAUCAGCAGAUGGCUUGUAUCAUAUGUAGAGACAGUGAGAAACACGAAGGACACAAGUUCAAACCUCUCAAAGAAGCUGCUGCGUCACUGAGGAAGGAGGUGGAGACGCUCAAGCAACAAGGUUCUGCUGAAAACCUUUCUGUAGUAAAACUGGCUCAGACACAGAAGGUGGAGAUACAAAAAACCAGACAGAAGUCUGAGAAGCUGAUGAAGCAAAUCAGCAGCCAGUUUGAGGAGAUGCACCAGUUCCUGAAGAAGAAGGAGGAGGAGAUCAAGAAAGAAUUGAAACAGAAGGAGAACAACGAGGUUCAGAAGAUGACUGAAAGUUUAAAUGUCAUGGAAACGGUUUUGAAGGAAAGCAGAGAGUUGGAUGUAAAGGUGAGAUCAGUUCUGACGGUCACUGGGCCAGAGAUGUUCUUACACAGCUGGACUCAUGUGGGCAGUAGUUCUACCAAGGAUAGAUCUAAACCAAGAGUAGCACCUCCCCAAGUGGUGAGAUCUUCUCUCUCUAUGGGUCAUUAUGAGAGUCACCUGCAGGUUUUCAUGUGGAAGGAGAUGCUGCAGGUGAUCAAGCCUCGAGCAGAACAGAUGCUGCUCAAAAGCCAAGGUCAAGCUCUGACUGUAACGAGUGACGGCCGAAGCGUCGUCUCCACCUGCCAGCAAUGCCUGCCUGGACAGUACCAGCAACAGUACUACAGCCCCUACAACAUGAGCCAGAACCAGGCAAGAAAUACUCAACCUGUAUCUGUGUUGAGUAUCAAUCAGUUCAGCUCGGGGGAGCAUUACUGGGAGAUUGAUGUUGGACAGAAGGGUUACUGGGAACUGGGGCUACAAAGAUAUUUCCUGAAAUAUGACGGUCGCACCUACAGCGUCUCUGAUCAGGGUCAGUGUCAGCAGAAACAACUUGGAGGCAGUCCUACAAAGAUCGGCGUGUACCUGAACUGCUCUUCCAAAGAGCUGUCCUUCUACAAUGCAGACAACAUGAAACUUAUUCACUCUUUAACCCUCAGUCACCUCGUGUCAGAAUCUGCAUAUCUGAAUAUUGGAAAGCAUGAUGAUAAAGUCCCGGUGUCAGUGUGCUGGUACUCAAAAGGGGCCGUAUUAAUGACAUCUCAGACACCAUACGCUCAACAUAUGUACCCUCAACAAGGACACUUGGGGCUAUGAUGUAGGAGGGCCCAAUCACAUUUGGUAGCUCCCUGAUUUAAGGUUCUGUGUCACACCAACGCAGAGCACACGCCGCUGCCGUGACGCCGUCGUGAACCUUCGGACUUCUCCGCCACUCCAUUUUUUCCGCUGUGCUAAACCCCCCCCCAGAGCGCUAGUUGAUACUUUGUUUAGCCUCCAGCUUUUCCAGUCAGAGUGAAUCAAAGAGAUAAGGACAACUAUUGUGCAAAAAAUCAAAACAAAAAAAAAUGUUAAAAAAUCACACACAGGAAGAAAAGAGGCUGAAAGUUCACGACUGCUUCACGAACCGGAACCGGAAAUGCGUUGCUACCAAGCGAACCAAUCACAGCCCUCUCGAUCUCUGUUGGGUCGUAUUUAAAUGUUUUGGGAGGUGCUAGCUGGCUACGGCGUAGCUACGGAGAGACUCCUGCGUAGCCUACACCGUAGGUUUAACGCAGAACCAGAAUUCAGACUUAUUCAGGGUUUCCUGCGAUGGAAGAUCUGGGGCUCUUUGCUGUUGGGCUUGUCCAGGUGGCGGUGGGUUUCCCACCGCCCUCUUCAGGUCCUCCGUUCGGGGUUCUUCCUUGUCGGCUCCUGGUCUUUCUGGUUCUGGCUCAUAUAUGUUUAUAUUAAUUAUAAUAAAUAAAUAUACUGUGUGUGUAUAUAUAUAUAUAUAUAUAUAUAUAUAUAUAUAUAUAUAUAUAUAUAUAUAUAGGUUUUUAUUAUUUUGGAUGAAUUUGAAUUAUUUUCUUAUUGUGAUUCUGUUAGGUGGGUUUUAUUUUGACUAGUAAUUAUACAAUCUGCAUUUAUUUUGGAUGAUUGAUGUGUUUUGAUUGUUUUUCUUUGGUUCUGUCGGGUUCUGUGGUACAACAUAUAAAUGUCACCAUUAUGUAGGACUUUUACGGGUGUUUGGGGGUUUUGUGCUUGAUUUUUCUUAAUUAAUUAAUUAAUUAAUUAAUUAAUUAAUUAUUAACAAAUAUGAACAUUUAGUAAAACUGAUCUCAUGAUAUUGUUUUAGUAUGUUUUAUUUUAGUUUAGUUUAUUGAGAUGACUUACAUUGCUGUGAUUAAAAGAAGUUAAUCAUGUUAACGGUGUUGGAUCAACUAAACUACCGGUGGUUCUUGGUCAUGAACUGCUACUCCUGUUUGCAUCUCUGUAAAUCAACUAGAACUGUGUUUAUUUUAUUGAUCAAUUAUCUAUAUUAGCUUCUAUUAAUAAAAGUGAAAC